CAUCAGAGGAACAGUGUCAUAGCGAUGGCUUUGUCCUUCCUUCCCUGUCUGGGCUUCUGUAUGAUCAUAUCAGCCCUUGGGUUACCGCCUACCGAGCCGCCGCUGGUCCGGGACCAUCCUUUUGUGGCCAUAUGGAACGCCCCCACUGACCACUGCAAACUGUUAGAAAUUCCACUGGAUACCGCUGCCUUCCAGGCAGUAACCACCCCGUCAGCUGUGCCAGGUCAGUUUCUUACCAUCUUUUAUGAGGAUCGCCUUGGCCUUUACCCUAAAGUUGACGCAAUUAAGCACAAGAUCUACAAAGGGGGUAUCCCUCAGAACGGCAACCUGACAGAACAUCUGUCUAAGGCCAAAAGCACGAUAGAUCACUAUAUCUCCCAGGAUUCCUCUCCUGGGCUGGCUGUGAUUGAUUGGGAGUCCUGGCGCCCACUGUGGGAUCAAAACUGGGGAUCGAAACGUAUUUAUCAGAAGUUAUCUAUUACCCAUGCUUUGCAGCUGGCUCCGUUUUUGUCAACAAAGCAAAUAUCCCAGAUGGCUAAGAGCCAGUUUGAGGUAGCAGGACGGCGCUACAUGGAAAAAACCAUCAGCAUUGGUAUCGGCAAGCGUCCAAGCCGCCGUUGGGGCUUUUAUCUGCUUCCUGACUGUUUUAACUAUGGAUGGAACAAGCCAGGAUACACUGGCAAGUGCUCCGCUAAAACUCAGGUGCAGAAUAACAAGCUUCUGUGGCUGUGGGAACGAAGCACUGCCCUCUUUCCGUCUGUCUAUCUCCACAUGACUCUGAGAAACUCUCCCCGGGCUGCACUCUAUGUCCGCAAUCGUGUCCAGGAGGCGCUGCGAGUGGCAGCACUGCCAAAGCACCCCUACACCGUGCCAGUCUAUGUCUACUCCAGACCCCUGUAUCGGGAUCAGACCAAACUGUUUCAAACUCAGAUGGAUUUGGUUAACACCAUCGGAGAGUCUGCCGCUGUGGGAGCUUCUGGGGUUGUGAUAUGGGGCGGUUCCAAGGACUACGACAACAAGGCCAGCUGCCAGGCUUUGUCUGAGUACCUGUCCUCCACCUUCAGCCCCUACGUGGCCAACGUGACCGCGGCCGCCAUGCUCUGCAGUCAGGUGCUGUGUCAGGGCCAUGGCCGCUGCGUGAGGAAAGACUACAACGCUGUGCACUACCUACAUCUCAACCCCACCUCCUUCCGCAUCCUGCAGGCUGGAGGGAAGUAUGUGGCUGUUGGUCUGCCUACCACCAGCGACCUCAACGUCUGGGUGGAGAAUUUCACCUGUCAGUGCUACGCUGGCUGGAGCUGCUCCCCUAAGCUGCAGCGUCCAACUAAAGUUCAACUAAUAAGGGUUUGAAUCAGGAGAGGAGGAGGAGCUAAAGCCUUUAAAUGCCAGCCCCCCCCCAACCCCCCCACCCUACUGAUUUCUGUAAUAGA